AGCCCCAAGGUGGAGCAGAUCAUGGAGAUCCUGAGGAGCGUCAAGAGCAGCUACUACUCGUCCUUUAACGCCAUCUGCCUGAAGGUCCACCAGGCCGUGCUGGAGGCGGAGGACAUCGACCUGUACCUGCGGCCCCUCCGGCGGCUGAUCAGCAGCCUGGAGGAGAAGGCUUUCCCCCAGGUGGAGUCCCUGCUGGCCCCGCUCUUCCACACGCUGUGCCUGGUGUGGAGCCGCUCGCAGCACUACUGCUGCCCGCAGCGCAUGGUGCUGCUGCUGCAGGAGUUCUGCAACAUGCUCAUCGAGAAGGCCAUUGUCUACCUGAUCCCAGAGGAGCUGUUCAAGAUGGAGCUGGAGGAAGGGGUGGAGAGGGUCCAGACGGCCAUCUCAGCCCUCCAAAGCUUCAAGCGUCUUUUCCACGCUCACCGCCAGCGGAUCUCCCAGUACUAUCAGCCUGGGCAGGCCGUCAAGCUGUGGGACUUCCCUGCCUCUCUGGUGUUCCAGCGCACCGACCGCGUCCUGGACCGGCUGCUCAAGAUAGAGGAGCUGUUUGCGUGUGCGCUGGACUUCCUGAAGCUGGAGAGGGUGGAGCUGGGGGGCUCCAGGGGGAAGCUGCUGGGGGAGAUGGUGUUCACCAUGAACGAGGAGUUCCACGACCGAUGGAGGGCCCUCCGAGAGAGCAAAUACGACCCCCUGGACUACACCAAGGAGGACUUCCUCAAGAACUACAGGCGCUUCAUGGAGCAAAGCAAAGAUUUCGACCAGAGGCUUGGAACUGUCCUCAAUCUGGCCUUCCAGCACUCCAAGGGUCUGGAGUCCACUCUAAAGCUGUUGCAGAUUUUUGGCACUUUGCUGGAGCGACCGCGGAUCCACCAGCUGUUCUCCCCCAACUACAGCGUGCUGCUGGCAAUGUUCAGCCAGGAGAUAGACCACUGCCAGACGAUCCUGGACCAGCACAGGAAGAUGCUUAAGGAUGGCUGUGCAGCGCUGGGUAAGAACCUGCCCGAGGUGGCCGGGAACCUCAAGCGCUCCCAGGAGCUCCGAGGCUGCGUCCUCAGUAACAGGAGCAACCUCAACCAGCUGGCCCACCUGCCCCUGGGGUCGGUGGAGGCGCAGGAUGUGUUCAGGAAGUGUGAGCGCCUGCUGGAGGUCCUAGACCACCACGACGAGGAGCUGUUCUCCGAGUGGACCCAGGGGCUAGAGGAGGUCUGCCACACUCACCUCCAGGAACACCUGCUCACCCUGGACCCGGACACGGGCCUGUUCAGGGUCAACUUCAACCCCGCCUUGACUUCCGUGCUGAGGGAGGUGAAGUAUUUGAGCAUGUUGAAGAACCACAACAUCCCCAAAGCAGCCCUCCACCUCUACUCCAAGAGAGAGACUCUCUAUAUGUACACUCAGACCUUAGCCAUGGCGACCCAGUGGUACAACCGCCUCCGCAGUACCAUCCUACCUGUGGAGCUGGGAUUGGUCAAGGAGGAGAUGGACAGAACCAGAGAGCAGCUAAACCCCGCCCUCCAGGAGCUGACCUGGGCUCAGGACGACCUGUGGGACUACAUCCAGACCACACGAGAUCUGGUCAAGGGCGUCUCCAGCCGCGUGCACGAGAGCAAGUCCAACGUGGAGGACAUCCAGGCUCUGAUGGCCAAGGUCAGCCACAAGGCCUUCAUCACCAGGAAGAAGGGCUCCACCCUCCUCAUCCUCGCCGACAUAGAGGAGAGCGUAGCCCGACAGCGCACGCUAAUCACCGACAUGGGGGAGGAGAUCCACAAGCUAGUGCAGGAGAACCAGUCCCUGCUGGCGGUGACCCCUCCGGGCGGGGCGGAGUGGCAGGCCUACACGGACCACGUGGACCGCAUGGUGGUGGCGGGCUGCUCCGGCGCCGUGCGCGCCUCCCUGCAGUACUUCCUGGAGAACACGGACGCGGCCGCAACGGGCCUGGUGCCGCUCUUCGAGGUGCAGCUGGUGCUCAACGCUAACGAGAUGACCUUCGCCCCCUCGCUGGACCUCAGCCAGCGGGGCAACUUCUACGACGUGGUGGACAAGAUGGUGGCUAAUAUCGCCAAGAUGGCCUCCUUCAUACCCAGAGUGGCAGGGCAUAAAGGGCUGGAGAAUUAUCAAAGUGACAUCGAUGAGAUGCCAGAUUUGGUUGAGCUGUGUCAUGUGCUCCGAAGUCGAGCUCGCGCUGCGAUCGCAAAGGUCAAGGAGUAUCAGGGAUCGUUCGCUAGUUACCGCUACCUGUGGACUGAUGACAGGUCUGAGUUCAUGCGGCAGUUCCUCCUGUAUGGCCAUGUCCUGACCACAGAGGAGGCUGAGCUCUACGCAGACUAUGAGCUGAAGAGGAACCCGCCCACCCUCGAUAACUUCAAAGAGCAGAUCAACCUGUUUGAGUCGCUGUAUGUGCGCGUGAACAAGAUGGAGGACCGGCGUGUGUUCUGCGGCUGGCUGCAGCUGGACAUCAGGCCCUUCAAGCACACCCUCAUGAACACCAUUAAGAGGUGGAGCUGGAUGUUCAAGGAGCACCUGCUCAACCACGUCAACAAGAGUGUGAGGGACCUGUCCUCCUUCGUCCACGACGCGGUGCAGGGUCUGGGCAGCAAGGUGUCUGACGGGGACUACGCGGGCCUGGUGGACAUCAUGGGCCACCUGAUGGCCAUCAGGGACCGGCAGAUCAGCACGGAGCAGCACUUCAAGCCCCUGAUGUCCACGGCCGAGCUGCUGAAGACCUACGGCCAGCAGCUCCCCGAGAGCGUGUACGCCCAGCUGGAGGAGUUGCCUGAGAAGUGGAAGAGCCUGAAGAAGAUCGCCUUCACGGUGAAGCAUGAAGUCGCCCCGCUGCAGUCCAACGAGGUGGCGGUCAUCCGCAGGAAGUGCGCCCGCUUCGAGGUGAAGCAGCACGAGUUCAGAGAGGUUUACCGAACAGAGGUCAUCUUCAAAGUCAGCGUGAGCGAGCCGUAUAAAAUGAUUGAUAAGACCAAUCGAUCAGUAGCUGCUUUAGAGGCCGAGAUGCAGAAGCUGCAGGACACGGCUGACCUUUUUGAGGUCAGCUUCCCUGACUACAAGCAGCUGCGCCAGUGUCGCUCUGACCUCAUUCUGGUCAAGGCGGUCUGGGACAUGGUCAUCUUUGUCAAGACCAGUAUAGAGGAGUGGACCAAGACCCCGUGGAAGGAGAUCAACGUAGAGCAGAUGGACAUGGAGCUCAGGCGGUUCGCUAAGGAGAUGAAGACGCUGGAUAAGGAGGUGCGCGUGUGGAACGUGUACGCGGGCCUGGAGGCCACGGUGAAGAACAUGCUGACCUCGCUGAGGGCCGUCAACGAGCUGCAGAACUCGGCCGUCCGCGAGAGGCACUGGCAGCAGCUGAUGAACACCACCGGGGUGAGGUUUGUGAUGAACGAGAGCACCACCCUGGGGGACCUGCUGGAGCUACAGCUCCACCGGGUGGAGGACGAGGUGAAGAACAUCGUGGACAAGGCAGUGAAGGAGAUGGGCAUAGAGAAGGUGCUGGCCGAGAUCACCCAGACAUGGAGCGUGAUGGCUCUGUCCUAUGAGACCCACGCCAACACAGGAACACCCCUGCUCAAAGCAGACGAGAACCUCAUAGAGACGCUGGAGGACAACCAGGUGCAGCUGCAGAACAUCCUGAUGAGUAAGUACGUGGAGUACUUCCAGGCGGAGGUGAGCGGCUGGCAGCGGCGGCUGAUGGUGGCCGACCUGGUGAUCAGCUCCUGGUUGUCGGUGCAGAGGACCUGGGCCCACCUCAACAGCAUCUUCACCAACAGCCACGACAUCCGCUGCCAGCUGGCCCACGACGCAGAGCGCUUCCAGGGCAUACACUCUGACUUCCAGGGCCUGAUGACGGAGGUGGUGCAGACCAGCAACGUGGUGCAGGUGACCAACCGGCCGGGCUACCAGGAGCAGCUGGAGGCGCUGCAGCAGAGGCUGUCGGUGUGUGAGAAGGCCCUGGCCGAGUACCUGGAGACCAAGAGGCUCACCUUCCCCCGCUUCUACUUCGUCUCCGCCACCGACCUGCUGGAGAUUGUCUCCAAGGGGACCCAGCCCAAACAGGUAACCAGGCACCUUCUGAAGCUGUUUGACAACAUAGCAGAUCUCCGCUUCAAAGAUUCAGAGCGUGGAGGUGGAGGCAGCGAUAGGGAGGCGGUUGCCAUGGGGAUGUACAGCCGAGAGGGAGAAUACGUGGCCUUCUCUGAACCAUGCGUCUGCGAAGGACAGGCUGAGUGCUGGCUGAGUGCCCUUGAGAGCACCAUGUGCAGCACGGUGCGGAAGGAGAUCCAGGAGGCUGUGGCCGCGUACGAAGACAAGCCGCGAGACCAGUGGCUCUUUGACUACCCUGCACAGGUGGGUCUGACCGGGAGCCAGGUGUGGUGGGCCACGGAUGUGGGCAUCGCAUUCGAGAGGGUGGAGGAAGGGUUUGAGACGGCUUUGAAAGACUACAACAAGAAACAGAUCACCCAGCUGAACUCCCUGAUCCACAUGCUGCUGGGGGAGCUGACGCCGGGCGACCGGCAGAAGAUCAUGACCAUCUGCACCAUCGACGUCCACGCCCGCGACGUGGUGGCCAAGCUGAUCGCCCAGAAGGUGACGACGGGCCAGGCCUUCGCGUGGCUGUCCCAGCUGCGGCACCGCUGGGACGAGGACAGCCGGCAGUGCUACGUAAACAUCUGCGACGCCCAGUUCCAGUUCAGCUACGAGUACCUGGGGAACACCAACAGACUGGUCAUCACCCCACUGACUGACAGAUGCUACAUCACCCUGACUCAGUCCCUCCAUCUGACCAUGAGUGGCGCCCCCUCUGGCCCAGCCGGGACCGGCAAGACAGAGACCACCAAGGACCUGGGCCGCUCGCUCGGCAUCAUGGUCUAUGUGUUCAACUGCUCAGAACAGAUGGACUACAAGUCCAUAGGGAACAUCUACAAGGGGCUGGCUCAGACAGGCGUAUGGGGCUGCUUUGAUGAGUUCAACAGGAUCUCUGUGGAGGUUCUGUCUGUGGUGGCCGUGCAGGUCAAGACCAUACAGGAUGCUGUUCGCAACAAGAAACAGAGGUUCCACUUCCUGGGGGAGGAGAUAGAGCUGAGGCCUACAGUGGGGAUCUUCAUCACUCUGAACCCGGGCUACGCCGGGAGGGCGGAGCUUCCUGAGAACCUCAAGGCCCUGUUCAGGCCCUGUGCCAUGGUGAUCCCGGACUUCGAGCUGAUCUGUGAGAUCAUGUUGGUCGCCGAGGGCUUCAUCGACGCCCGUCUGCUGGCACGCAAGUUCAUCAGCCUGUACACGCUGUGCAAGGAGCUGCUGUCCAAACAGGAUCACUAUGACUGGGGUCUGAGGGCCAUCAAGUCGGUCCUGGUGGUGGCCGGGUCUCUGAAGAGGGAGGAGAGGAGCCGGCCUGAGGAGCAGGUGUUGAUGCGGGCUCUGAGGGACUUCAACCUGCCCAAGAUCGUGACCAGCGACGUGCCCAUCUUCCUGGGGCUCAUCGGCGACCUCUUCCCCCAGCUGGACGUGCCCAGGAAGAGGGACCCCGAGCUGGAGAACGCCGUGCGCCAGUCGGUCAGCGAGCUGCGCCUGCAGCCCGAGGAGAACUUCAUCCUCAAGGUGACGCAGUUGGAGGAGUUGUUGGCAGUCAGACAUUCUGUGUUUGUAGUCGGAGGACCGGGAACAGGCAAGAGCCAGAUCCUGAAGACCCUGCACAGGACCUACGCCAACAUGCAGAUGAAGCCGGUGUGGAGCGACAUGAACCCCAAGGCGGUGACCACCGACGAGCUGUUUGGCUACCUGCACCCGGCCACCAGGGAGUGGAAGGACGGUCUGUUCUCCUCCACCAUGAGGGAGAUGACCUCGGUGGGCCACGACAGUCCCAAGUGGAUCGUGCUGGACGGGGACAUCGACCCCAUGUGGAUCGAGUCCCUCAACACCGUCAUGGAUGACAACAAGGUGCUGACCCUGGCCAGCAACGAGCGCAUCAGCCUGUCCCCCUCCAUGCGCCUGCUCUUUGAGAUCUCCCACCUGAGGGCCGCCACCCCCGCCACCGUGUCCCGGGCCGGGAUCCUCUACGUCAACCCCCAGGACCUGGGCUGGAGCUCGUACGUGACGAGCUGGAUUGACACCCGUAGCGCCCAAUCAGAGCGGGCCAACCUGACCAUCCUGUUUGAUAAGUACGUGCCCUGCUGCCUGGAGCAGGUCCGCUGCAACCUGAAGACCAUCACACCCAUCCCAGAGAACAGCAUGGUGCAGACCCUGUGCUCCCUGCUGGACUGCCUGCUGACGGAGGCCAACACCCCGGCCGACUCCCCCAGGGAGCUGUAUGAGAUCUACUUUGUGUUCGCCUGCGUCUGGGCCUUCGGAGGGGCGCUGUUCCAGGACCAGCUCAUCGACCACCGCGCCGAGUUCAGCCGCUGGUGGUCCAAGGAGAUGAGGGCGGUCAAGUUCCCCUCCCAGGGAACCGUCUUUGACUACUUCAUCGACUCGGAGACCAAGAAGUUCACGCCGUGGAGCGAGAGGAUGCUGCCCUUUGAGCUGGAGCCCGAGGCCCCUCUUCAGACGGUGUUGGUCCACACGGCGGAGACCAUCUGCCUCACCUUCUUCAUCGACCUGCUCCUCCAGAGGGGCAAGCCCAUCAUGUUGGUGGGCAACGCCGGGGUGGGCAAGUCCAUCCUGGUGUGGGACAAGGUGUCCCGGCUGAGGGAGGACUACGUGGUGACCAAGGUGCCCUUCAACUACUACACCACCUCGGCCGUGCUGCAGAGAGUGCUGGAGAAGCCCCUGGAGAAGAAGGCCGGCCGCAACUACGCCCCCCCGGCCGCCAAGAGACUCAUCUACUUCAUCGACGACCUCAACAUGCCCGAGGUGGACGUCUACGGGACCUGCCAGCCUCACACACUGAUACGCCAGCACCUCGACUACCACCACUGGUAUGACAGACAGAGGCUGGUGUUGAAGGAGAUCCACAGCUGUCAGUACAUCACCUGCAUGAACCCCACGGCUGGGAGCUUCUCUGUCAACCCCCGGCUACAGCGACACUUCUCUGUGUUUGCGGUCCACUUCCCGAGCGCCGAGGCCCUGGCCACCAUCUUCUCCAGCAUCCUGUCGGCUCACUUCCUGCAGGGGGGCUUCAGCUACGGGGUCUCGCGCUCUGUGGGAAGCCUCAUACAGGCAGCUAUCUGUCUGCACCAGAAGGUCAGCCAGAACUUCCUCCCAACCGCCAUACGCUUCCACUACAUCUUCAACCUGAGAGACCUCUCCAACAUCUUCCAGGGCAUCCUGUUCGCCCAGCCGGACUGCAUCCGCUACCCCAUCGAGCUGGUCCACCUGUGGCUCCACGAGAGCUCCAGGGUCUACUCAGACAAGCUGAUGGAGGAGAAGGACGAGGAGCUCUUCAACAAGAUCCUCAUCGACACCGGCAAGAGAUACUUUGAGGGUAUAGACGAGUCCAUCUUCAUUCACCAGCCUCUCGUCUACUGUCACUUCUCCCUCGGAGUGGGAGAGCCCCGUUACCACCAGGCCUCUGACUGGGAGAAGCUACAGAAGACUCUGUACGACGCCCUGGAGCACUACAAUGAGCUGCACGCCGUCAUGAACCUGGUGCUGUUUGAGGAGGCCAUCCAGCAUGUGUGUCGCAUCAGUCGCAUCCUGGAGGCUCCCCACGGCAACGCCCUGCUCGUGGGGGUGGGGGGGAGCGGCAAGCAGAGCCUCUGUCGGCUGGCCGCCUUCCUCAGCCUGCUGGAGGUGUCCCAGGUCACCCUGCGCAAGGGCUACGGCAUCAACGACCUCAGGAGCGACAUCGCGGCGCUGUACAUCAAGGUGGGAGUGAAGAACAUCGGGACCGUGUUCCUCCACACCGACGCCCAGAUUCCUGACGAACGCUUCCUGGUCCUCAUCAACGACAUGCUGGCCUCGGGGGACAUCCCUGACCUGUUCAGUGACGAGGAUGUGGACAUGAUCGUGACGUCCAUCCGCAUGGAGCUACGGGGGCUGGGCCUGCUGGACACCAGGGACAACUGCUGGGGCUUCUUCAUCGAGAGGAUACGGCGCCAGCUCAAGGUGGUCCUGUGUUUCUCUCCGGUGGGCUUCACACUGCGGACACGGGCACGGAAGUUCCCGGCGCUGGUCAACUGCACCGCCAUCGACUGGUUUCACUCCUGGCCCCAGCUGGCCCUUCAGUCUGUCAGCUCCAGCUUCAUCGAGAAGAUACCGGCACUAGAGCCCGAUGUCCGGGCCUCUAUCAGCGAGUUCAUCUCCUUCGCCCAUACCAGUGUCAACGAGGUGAGUGUGAAAUACCAGCAGAACGAGAAGCACUUCAACUACACCACGCCCAAGAGCUUCCUGGAGUUCAUCAAGCUGUACAGCCACGUGCUGGGCACCAAGCGCACAGAGCUCACCCAGAAGAUGGAGCGGCUGGAGAACGGCCUGCUGAAGCUGCAGACCACUGCCGCCCAGGUGGAGGACCUGAAGGCCAAGCUAGCCAUUCAGGAGGUGGAGCUGUGGCACAGGAACACAGACACAGAGGCCCUCAUCUCUGAGAUAGGACAGCAGACGGACAAGCUCAACCUGGAGAGGGCUGUGGCCGACGAGGAGGAACAAAGGGUGGCGGCCAUCCAGGCGGAGGUGACCAAGCAGCAGCGGGAGACGGAGGAGGACCUGGCCAAGGCGGAGCCCGCCCUGCAGGCCGCUAAUGCAGCCCUCAACACGCUCAACAGGCUGAACCUGACGGAGCUGAGGACGUUCCCCAACCCCCCCGUCAUCGUGACCAACGUGUCGGCGGCGGUGCUGGUUCUGAUGGCGCCACCCGGACGCAUCCCCAAGGACCGCAGCUGGAAGGCCUCCAAGGUGGUGAUGAGCAAGGUCGACGAUUUCCUGCAGGCGCUGGUGAACUUUGAUAAGGAGCACAUCCCCGAGGCCACGGUGAGGUGUGUGAGGGACGAGUACCUCAAGGACCCCGAGUUCAACCCCGACUUCGUCAGGAUCAAGUCCUCCGCCGCUGCCGGCCUCUGCUCCUGGGUCAUCAACAUCGUCCGCUUCCACGAGGUCUUCUGCGAGGUGGAGGUGAAGAGGUUGUGUCUGUCUCAGGCCAACGCUGAUCUGGUCGAGGCUGCGGAGAAACUAGAAGCACUCAGGAAGAAACUGACCGAGCUGGACGCUAGCCUGGAGACACUAACAUCUGCUUUUGAGACAGCCACCUCGGAGAAGCUGCGCUGUCAGGAGGAGGUCAACCGCACCAACAAGACCAUAGAACUGGCCAACCGGCUGGUCAAAGGGCUGGAGAGCGAGAAUGUGCGCUGGGCCCACUCUGUGGCUCAGUAUCAUGAGCAGGAGGCCACGCUCUGCGGGGACGUCCUGCUGACGGCUGCCUUCAUCUCCUACGCCGGCUCCUUCUCCAAGAAGUACAGGAGAGAGCUCCUGGACAACCUCUGGAUGCCCUUCCUCCGCACUCAGAAGGUGCUCAUCCCCAUGAACGCAGACCUGGAUCCGGUCUCCAUGCUGACUGAUGAUGCCACCGUGGCCCAGUGGAACAACGAAGGUCUUCCCGGAGACAAGAUGUCCACGCAGAAUGCCACCAUCCUCACCAACUGCGAGCGUUGGCCCCUACUCAUAGACCCACAGCUGCAGGGCAUCAAAUGGAUCAAGAGUCGCUAUGGCAACAGCCUGAAGGUGGUCAGCCUGGGCCAGAAGGGCUACGUGGAUGUGAUAGAGCAGGCGGUGGUCACCGGGGAGACGGUCCUCAUUGAAAACCUGGAGGAGACCAUUGACCCUGUCAUAGACCCCCUCCUGGGACGACACACCAUCAAGAAGGGAAGCUGUAUUAAAGUGGGAGACAAGGAGUGCUUCUUCCACCCGAGCUUCAAGCUGAUCCUCCACACCAAGCUGGCCAACCCCCACUACAAGCCCGAGAUCCAGGCCCAGACGACCCUCAUCAACUUCACCGUGACCCGGGACGGCCUGGAGGACCAGCUCCUCGCCCAGGUGGUCAACCAGGAGCGGCCCGACCUGGAGCACCUCAAGAGUGAGUUGACCAAGCAGCAGAACCUGUUUAAGAUUGAGCUGAAGCUGUUGGAGGACGAGCUGCUGAGCCGGCUGUCUGCCGCUGAGAGCAACUUCCUGGGGGACAACGUCCUGGUGGAGAAGCUGGAGACCACCAAGCACACCGCCGCAGAGAUAGAGAUGAAGGUCCUGGAGGCCAAGGUGAACGAGGUGAAGAUAAACGAGGCGAGGGAGCACUACCGCCCGGUGGCCGUGCGGGCCUCCCUGCUUUACUUCAUCAUGAACGACCUGAACAAGAUCAACCCCAUGUACCAGUUCAGCCUCAAGGCCUACACCGUGGUGUUCCACAAGGCCGUGGAGAUGGCAGACCAUUACGAGGACGUGAAAAGCAGAGUGAACACGCUGAUAGACUGCAUCACAUACUCCACCUUCAACUACAUCAGCAGGGGGCUGUUUGAGAGAGACAAGCUCACCUUUACCGCACAGCUGGCUUUUCAGUUGCUGCUGAUGAGUAAGGAGAUAGACAUGCGAGAGCUGGACUUCCUGUUGCGUUUUAACAUCGACCACAGCUACCCAAGCCCCCUGGAGUUCCUGUCCAGCCCAGCGUGGAGCGCCAUUAAGACCAUGAGCUUCACCGAGGAGUUCCGCGGUCUGGACCGGGACAUCGAGGGCUCCCCAAAGCGCUGGAAGAAGGUGGUGGAGUCAGAGUGCCCCGAGAAGGAGAAGUUCCCCCAGGAGUGGAAGGGGAAGAGCUCCCUGCAGAAGCUCAUCAUGAUGAGGGCCCUGAGGCCCGACCGCAUGACCUACGCCCUCCGUAACUUUGUGGAGGAGAAGCUGGGGGUGAAGUACACCGAGGGCAGGAAGACGGAGUUCGCUAAGUCCUUCAGGGAGAGUGCCCCGGCGUCCCCCGUCUUCUUCAUCCUGUCCCCCGGGGUGGACCCUCUGAAGGACGUGGAGGCGCUGGGCAGGAAGCUGGGCUUCACCAUCGACCUGGGCAAGCUGCACAACGUGUCCCUGGGCCAGGGCCAGGAGGCGGUGGCCGAGGCGGCCAUGGAGAGCGCUGCCAAGGAGGGCCACUGGAUCAUACUGCAGAACAUCCACCUGGUGUACCGCUGGCUGGGCUGUCUGGAGAAGCUGCUGGAGCGCUGCUGUGAGAGCAGCCACCCCGACUACCGCGUGUUCAUGAGCGCAGAGCCCACCCUCACGCCGCAGGAGCACAUCAUCCCCCAGGGGAUCCUUGAGAAUGCCAUCAAGAUCACCAACGAGCCCCCCACUGGCAUGCAUGCCAACCUGCAUGCUGCGCUGGACAACUUUGAUCAGGACAUCCUGGACCAGUGCAGUCGUGAGCAGGAGUUCAAGACCAUCCUCUUCUCCCUGUGCUACUUCCACGCCUGCGUGGCGGAGAGGAGGAAGUUCGGACCCCAGGGCUGGAACAGGAAGUACCCCUUCAACACGGGAGACCUGACCAUAUCCGUCAACGUGCUGUACAACUAUUUGGAGGCUAACUCCCAGGUACCAUGGGAGGAUCUGAGGUACCUGUUCGGGGAGAUUAUGUACGGGGGUCACAUCACUGAUGACUGGGACCGAAGGCUCUGCAGAACCUACCUGGAGGAGUACAUGCAGCCCAACCAGUUUGACAGGAAGCUGGCUCUGGCUCCUGGCUUCGUGGUUCCCUCCAACCUGGACUACCAGGGUUACCACGGUUACGUCGACGAGAUGCUGCCCCACGAGAGCCCCGUCCACUACGGCCUGCACCCCAACGCGGAGAUCGAGUUCCUGACGGUGACGUCGGACGGCCUGUUCCACACGCUGCUGGAGCUCCAGUCCCCGGACGCCGCCGCGGGCGAGGGGGCCUCCCAGAGCCUGGAGGAGAAGGUGAAGACGGUUCUGGACGAGGUGCUGGAGAGGCUUCCGGAGGAGUACAACAUGUCAGACAUCUCGUCCAAGACGGCCGAGCGCUCGCCCUACAUCCUGGUGUGCUUCCAGGAGUGUGAGCGCAUGAACGCCCUCAUCAACGAGAUCCGCCGCUCGCUGAAGGAGCUGGACCUGGGGCUCAGGGGGGAGCUGGCCAUUUCCUCUGAGAUGGAGCAGCUUCAGUCGGCUCUGUUCUUUGAGAACGUCCCGGACACCUGGACCAAGCUGGCCUACCCCUCUACCUACAGCCUGGCCCUGUGGUACAAUGAUGUGUUGUUGCGCUGCAGGGAGCUGGACAGCUGGACGCAGGACCUGUCACUGCCUAGUGUGGUCUGGCUGUCCGGUCUCUUCAACCCACAGUCCUUCCUCACUGCUGUGAUGCAGUCUCUGGCCCGGAAGAAUGAGUGGCCCCUGGACAAGAUGAACCUCACCGUGGACGUUACCAAGAAGUUCAAAGAGGAGUUCAACCAGCCGGCCAGGGAGGGUGCCUACAUUUACGGCCUUUACAUGGAAGGCGCCAGGUGGGAAACCCAGGCGGGGGUGAUCACCGAGGCCCGCCUGAAGGAGCUGACCCCCACCAUGCCCGUCAUCUCGGUCCGCGCGGUGCCCAACGACCGCCAGGAGACCCGCAACACCUACGAGUGUCCCCUCUACAAGACCAAGAUCAGGGGGCCCACCUACGUGUGGACCUUCAGCCUCAAGACCCGCGAGAGGCCCGCCAAGUGGGUCCUGGCCGGGGUUGCCCUGCUGCUCAGCGUGUGA